AUGAACGGCGCGGUCAGCGGAAGGAAGAACGAGCCCGAGAGGGAGGGUCCUCACACUACGCCGUACCACGUAGGUCGGACCGGCAAAGGGACAAAGUCGGUGAAAAUCAACAGGCAUAAGACGAUGAUGCCAGCACCGCCAAUGCCUUGGAGAGACCGCCCCACCAAUAUCAAGCCGAUGGAACGCGAUACGCAGCAGAAGACCGUGCCUAGAGUGAAGAAAGCGACCGAGAUGGUCAGGCAUGGCCGUCGACCGAACACGUGGCUCAGAUCCGCUAUGAAUAACAUCAGCACGGCGUUGGCUAGGAGGUACGCCGUGCCUAUCCAAAAGCCGUCGUACGUGCUGAGCUCGAGGUCUACAACGAUAGCCUAUGACUAUGAGCAUGCCAAGGAUGGAAAGUGUUUGGGAGGAUAUCGAACCUGCAAAGAGGUCACAAUGACACAGGCGUCAAGGGCGACCAUGAGCGACAACAAGGCGGCCGUCGCCAUGAUGGCGAGAUGA